GCAAUUUUUCUUCCAAUUUUUCAGGUCAAAGAGCCGCCGAUCUUCUUAUAACACACGGCUAAUUACACAUCUAUUGUAAUAUCUUCAAAACCAGUCGUCCGAUUUGAGAGUUGAGAAAAAUUGUAGGAAUUGGAAAAGGCUUCUAGGCGCCAAAUUACAGCAGACUGGAAGACUGCUUCUUUUGAUUUUUCAAAUUCUUACAUCAUUUCACGCUUUUACAUCUGGCCCUUAUUUCACCUUUGUCCCCGCACUUAGACAGAAACAAAGCGCGGCAAAGGAAAAGAGAGCGAGAGAGCGAGAGGAGAAUUGGUGCUCUAUUGGUGGUCUAUACUACUAUAUGCCUCAAUUCCGAUUGUUUGUGCUUAAGAAUUCAUCUUCCCGCCUUAUAUUGAUGUUCAGGAAACUGAAAAACACAACAAAGGGAAUCCAAUCAAUUUCAAUGCCUGAUGCUCAUCCUCCAUUUGGUUGCUUCACAUGCCUCGAAUUGUAGCGCAAGAUUUAUGGCAUCAAUGAUCUUUUUUUUUCAAAGUUUGAACUUACUGUUUCAAAAACAAACAAGACAUUUGAAAGAUUUAUUAGCGUCUCUUGGCUAUAAAUUUUACUAGUUCCUAUUGAUGCGAAAAUGCUUUUAACAAAAUAGCUUGACGGGUUAUCUUUGUUUCAUGAAAUUAAUUUUGCAAAGAUCGUUUAUUUUCCAGUUUUCCUUUAUUUAUCGACUUUUAAAAAUCUUUUUGAAGAAUUUGUAACCAAUUCAUAUGAACUCCCAUAACCGGACCUAUAUACCACAGUACGAACAGUCGUUCCCGGUUGGAAACUCGCUCGUGCCCGCUCGUCGUUGCAACAGUCCCGAAGAAGACUAUAUCAGUCGAGCGGUAAGCAAAUACCGCGCCACCUCACUCGGCCGGGAGUCGUCAACUUCCGACGAGCGAGCGGGUAGUCCCGGGUACGAGAACUGCUCGGGACACUAUAUUGGGUUCAGUCGGAAGAAAGGUUCGUUUGAACUAAAACCUGUGCAGAUUUCUUCAAACGGGCACAAAAGUAAAAUUUCAUUAGAAGAAACUCAAAUUUUUAUCGAAGACCAAGGCAGCGACCAUUCUGGUUUCAGUUUGAAUAAAAAAUUAGCUAAUGGCAACGGAGUUGGUGGAAGCUAUAACACAGUAAAUGGGUUCGACAAAUCAAAAUAUAUCAACGCCGAUAAGACGAAAAGCUUUGAUCACAUGACACUAUCAUCGACUGACGAAUAUUUCAUGACCUUGGAUCAAAACAGGUUCAACAACCUAUCAAAUGGCGAAUCACAUAGCCAGUUAAACAGAUGUCGCGUGUUCAGCUUCAUUACCAUCUGCUUUGCGACAAUUCUGCUCAUUUGUACCAGUAUUAUCCUCUUUAGCUUUACCAAUAUCUUUACAUGCAAUAGUCGCUUCUUAUGCUGGACUGAAGCUGAAACGACGCCUAGCCAAAAGCCCCACAGUUCGGCCAGCAGUCGUCUUCUGCCAAAUGAUACAUCUGACCCCUGGAAUGAACCCAGGUUGCCCUCUGACAUAAUCCCACUUCAUUAUGACCUUCUAUUGAACAUAGACGACAAGCGAGAGAUGUUUUAUGGCAAUGUUUCCAUAGAGUUUACAGCCAAAGUGUUCACGAAGUACAUCAUUCUCCACGCUUCUCCAAAGCUGACAUUCCGAGCAGACCCCUCCUUCAUCCGGGUAGUGGCAGCCCUCAACCUGCCUCUUGCCAUAGUCUCCUGCAGCAGGGUGAGAGGAGAGCCCUCGGAGGAGCUGCUGGUGGUCAUCAUGGAGUCCCAUUUGACUGUCAAUGAGAGAUAUGCCAUCAACUUCGAAUUCGAGAGUCAGUUGAAUUCCAAAUCUAAAGAGGGUCUGUACCUUAGCUGGUUCGAUGACGGAGACAAUAUUAAAAGGCCGAUGAUCAUCAUGAACAACUUCCCCACUUUCGCGCGCAACGUUUUCCCUUGCUUUGACGAGCCAGCAUUCCGAGCUUCCCUUUCUCUUCACGUCGUGUGCGACCGACAGUUCGGCGCAGUGUCCAAUAUGCCAGUGAAACAGAGCUAUGUCCUGGACCUAAACGAGCGCAAAAAGUUGUGGAGUUUUGUAGUGGCGCCUCAGGCACCUGCUUAUCUCUACUCUCUGGCCUUAUUCCCCCAGGAUUCUUCCAAGAAAUAUGUAUUGCAGGGGGAUCCAUUAUCCCUCGAAAGAACAAAUAUAGACCAACAGAUUAUUGCGCUGAAUGAAUCUUCAGACCAAGUUAGAGAGUACAGACACUACAGGGAAGACUUGGAGUCGCUCUCCUAUGUGGCAGACACCAUCCUAGACAUCUCAACUUCAACUGUAGAAUAUUUAGUCUCCAAAUCCAACAUCAAAGUGCCUUUUCUACACUCCAAAUUAGACUUCGUGUACAGCAGCUGUGCUCCUGAAAAGGGCCUCAUAUCUCUGGGACUGGUCAUUAUUCCCCAGAUGACGCCGCAUCUGGAAUUCACUAUUGCCCGGUCCCUCGUGUCACAGCUUACGUUGAACACGUUCUCAAUCAACUGGUGGGAUGAUUUGUGGGCCAUGGAAGGAUUAUCUUGUUUUCUGGCUCUCGAUUCUCUCCAGAACUAUAUCACAUCAUCUGAACAAGCGCAGUUGAUACUGCACAACCAGAUGAAAGUGGCAGUUCUGAUGCACUACAGCAUCGAACGGGGUCUCAGUCUGUCUCUCAGUGUGUUCCAUGACUCAUCAAUUGCGGAGAUGAACUCGGCUAUUACGGGAAAGCUCAACAAGUACAAAACUAGAACAAUCGCUACGGUGCUGAAUCCAGAAGACCAGAUGUCACGUGCUAUAAAGGCUGCCACUGUGUUUCUGAGCAUUGACUACGUGCAGCCUGGACUGGCACUGGACUGCGUGGAGAUGAUGGCGUUCAAGAUCCACGAGAACCCCUUCCAGGCCUCCGUCAACAUCAAAAACUACCUCAUGGAUAUGCAACUGAAACUGAGAGACUCUCGUGGUUUUGACCUUCAUUCCUUCCUGUUACCCUGGCUCUACGCUUCCACGUUCCCAAUUCUAAAACUCUCAUUUGAUGAAAAUCGAAGCCUCCUAUUAGCCAGUCAACAGCCAAUCAAUAAGCAGCAAUUGGCGUUCAAAACUCAACCGACCAAUUCGAGUUGGUUUCCUGUAAAAACAGAUUUGAAAGCGUAUUCUUGGAAUUUCAAAACUACUGUUAUGUUUGGAACUGAAACCCAGGCGGACUAUUGGAUUAACCAAAAUUAUAAAGAACUGACCCCGAUUAGUUUGCUCGACAAUCAGUUCGUCCUCACAGCAAUGUGUGGGGGGUCGAUGACAAGAGGCUCUCCUCUCAUUAGCCAACCAGAUACUCAGCUCCAAUCAACCUCCUCGACUGAAUCUACCUUCCGAGCCGCCAAUAUUGCAUGGUUUCUACCAAUGUACGACUCAAAUUUGAUUCAGAAAGUCAAGAUGCAAUUGAAGCAAAACUUUUUGAAAAUUCCGGAAGUUGAACGUUAUUCACUUAUCAGAGGCUACUUCACGUUACUCAAGAAUAACGCAUCUCCAGCUUCAGCAUUGCUUGAUUUGAUUCAGUACGCAGGAAACGAAACUUCAAAAGAUAUCAAGUUUUUACUGGGAGAUAUCACUCAGUUUUUUCUUCAUCGAUUCGAAAUGAGAUAUCCCUAUUUUCUCAAGAAGUUUUUCGGUGAUAUUUGGUCGUCAAUAUACGAAACAGAGUGUGAACCAUCAUUGCUAAACAUUGAUCCAGACAUUUGUUUGUCAGUGACAAUAAACCACGCGUGCUACUUUGGGAAUGAGAAAUGUCUGACUCGGACAAACUCGGUGCUGGAUCGAAUCAACCAGCAGUUCAAAUAUGUCCCCAGCCAGUCCACGUUUGAAAACUUAUCGAAUAAAACUACACUAAGGUGGUUAGAAGAGUUCCUCAGACUGAGGUCAUCAGAGGUCAUCUCAGCUACCUCCUUCUGCGACUCCAUCAGGUGGAGUGAGAUGUAUGACCUCUCUCUCAAUCUAGCCCACUCGGCCACUUCCACCAAACUCAGACGGGUCCUCAUCCAGGGUCUGGCCCGAAACCCCAUAUCUGUUUCCAA